AUGCGUUCCUCGGCCUCGACUCUCGCUGUUCUCUUUGCCGUCGCUGGCCUGGCUUCGGCCCAAACGAUUGAUCCCGACACGGUUUCGAUUGAGGACAGAAACCAGUGGUGUCUUGCCCAGACGUCGCAAUGCCCGCUCAUCUGCCUCCAGACCAACAAGGAUGCGGCGGUGCAGUCCAACGAGUGUGACUCUGAGACUCUCCAGUACUCGUGUGUGUGCGCGAACGGCCUCUCGCCGAACGUGACCGAGUACAGCCAGACGAUGCCUUACUUCAUCUGUACCGAGGUCAACAACCGCUGCGUGGAUAGCUGCGGAACCGGCAACAACCAAUGCGCGAGUGAUUGCCGCACCGAGCACCCCUGUGGAGCGCAGAACCCGACCCGUGUCAACGUCACCACGACCAGCAGCGCCUCUACCGCCUCGGCCACAUCCAGCUCAACCGGUGGUGCCGACUACAGCAGCUUUGGCGACGGCAACUCGGGCGACUCUAGCUCCAGCUCUGGCGGCAGCAGUGGAGCCGGUGCCGUGGCUGUUGACCUCGGCGCCAAGUACGGGCUGGCCAUGAUCGUCAGCGGCCUGGUCGGCGGCGCAGCCCUCCUGUUGUAA